UUUAUAAAAACUCUUAUUCCAAAACACUCCUUUUUCUCUCUCUAUCUCUGUAUAUAUGUAAAGCCCAGCGGCUGAGCCAAACUUACCGGCCAUGAUCAUCGGUGAUCAUUGCUGUCCCUUAAAUUUUCCCAUUCCUGUAAUUCAAUAUCUCCCUGCUUUUCCUUUUUAUGUCUCAAUUUUUGGUGGCCUUUCAUGCGUUGUGUAAUGUUUGGUUUUGUUUUGGUUCAGUUCUAGUGUUUAUGAGAGGUUAGGACUUGUGCAUAAAUGUUCGGCCAUUGAAUCAAUAUCUUUCACCUUGAUCCAAAGAUUAAGAGUCACUGUUGGCAUUUAGCAUAAUACGCAUAUAAUGGAUUUAAAAUCUAAAGGUAUAGCCUGGGUUGGCAACAUCUACCAGAGGAUUGAAACGAUGUGCCAUGAAGUGGAUAACAUUGUUAACCAGGAUACUGUUCAAUAUGUUGAAAACCAGGUGCACACAAUGGGCCAGAGCAUGAAAAAAUUUUAUUCUGAUGUUCAAGGUUUAAUUCCUCCUAUAGGAGAUCCAGUGAAACCUGAAGCUCAGGCAGUGGUCCUAAAAGCAAAUGCUGCUGUUAGUACCUGUAUUAAAUCAGGAAUUCACAUUGAGGAGGAAGACUAUGGAUAUACGUCUCCUAUAAAGCAGUCACUUGUGGAGUCUAGUGAUUUUGAUACUGUGGAGAAUCUUCCCAUAAAUGAUUUUGAUACUGUGGAGAAUCUGCCCAGAAAUGAACUUAGGAGAUACCAUGUUGUAAAUCAAUCAAAUACUCCAACGUUUGGGGAAUCCCUUGAGGCGGUAGAGUCUGACUCUUCUCCAGGAGAAGUUGAUGAUAUUUCAACCAAUAAUGAUCAUAGUGUGCACAAACUUGUAAACCAAUCUACUUCUCCAGCUUCUGAGGAGUCCCUUUGGGGAGUAGGAUCUGACUCAGCACGUGUAAAAAUUGAUGAGGUUUCACCCAGUAUUAAGCUUACUAUGCACCACCUGGUUAGCCAAUCAAAUACUUCAACUUCUAGGGAAUCCCUUGAGGAGUCAGAAUUUGACUUUGCUCCAACAAAGUUUGAUGAUGUUUCAGCUAAUGAGAACUCUGGUUUUAGGAUGAAAGAAAUUGCAAUAAAUGAUAAGUCUAAUGUACCUGAGGUUUCUGAGUCAUUUGAUUCUCUUGAGAAAGAAUCAUUCAAGGCAUCACUGUCCGGUGAAUUCACUGGUUCUAAUAAUGAAAGUACAUGUGUUUCUAUGUCUGAGGUUUCACCUGCAGCUUCAUUGCAUGUAGAGGAGUCCCAGUCCCCUCAAAAGGUGGAAAUGGUUUGUUACAUCCCUGCAGCUGCAGAUGACUCUGACUCUCUGUCUGUUGCCACAAGUGGUGUUGUUUUGUCUGAAAUGGAUUUUUCAGUUGCCUCCUCCUCUGGUUCCAUAUUCACAGAACCUUGUACUCUUUCUGAGAAUUCAUUUAAUGCAAAAGUAGGAUCCAAUGGUAAUCCUGGUAAUGUUGAUGGUCAUGAUUCAGAUAAUUCUAAUGUGCUGCUGUCUUCAAUGUCUGCUUCAGUUGUAUCCAUUCAUAGAGAGGUAGCUGAGGCAGUAUGUACCUGCUCUAAUAGUGUCCUGUCAUUGGAAUCAACAGAGUGCUCCAAUUACUCCAGUAAUCUUAGUGACGAUAUAACAGACUCUGAAAUGGAAACCAUUGAUUUGUUUGACAAGAUGAAGCUUGAGGGCAGUUGUGUCUUUGUGGACGACAGUAUGCUUUAUGAAGUCUCUCGUAGAACCUGCAAACUCAGAUCGUACAAGAAAAAACUCCUGGAUGUCUUUACAUCAAAGAAGAGGUUAAGCAAGGAGUACGAGCAAUUAGCAAUUUGGUUUGGGGACCCUGAUAUGGAGGUCAGCCAAGAUACAUUGCAGAGUCAGUUGCAAUCUAGCUCGACUGUAAUUUUGGACUGUGACUAUGGAACACAUCAUAUCCGUGACUCUGAGUGGGAGCUUUUGUAAAUAACUUGAGAAGUCCAAUGUCAAUUACAACCACUGGUUGAACAGCCUAUUGCUCAACGUUAAGCAAGUUCAAGAUGAUCCCCUCCUUGUGACUAGAUUAUAGUUGAUGCCUUCUACUUCUAGUAUAUAAGUACAGAAUAAUAAUGCAGAAGAUGAUAGUUCAUCAAAAUUCUGAUAUGAUAACUUGCUAUAAAAAUUUAACUUCUUGGUGGUUCUUGCUCCA